UCACCGUUGCACGAGUUCAAACCCUAAUCCUAAACCCCUCCCCUCCCUCGCCGCUAUGACCUCGCCACCGCCGCCGGGCGAGAUCGCCUCCUCGCAUCCCACUACCACCGAGAAGAAGAAGACGAAAAGCAAGGAGGACAAGAGGUCCGCCGCCAACGGCGGCGUGGACCAGUCGUUUCCCCUCUCUGCCGGUGGAGGAGACCAGGAGAAGGAUUACUUCAUCAAGCCUCAAUCUUUUACUCCGGCCGUCGACACCUCUGACUGGCCAAUCCUUCUCAAGAACUACCACCGCCUCAACGUCCGUACCGGCCACUACACGCCACUGCCCGCCGGACACUCCCCGCUGAAACGGCCCCUCGCAGAGUACCUCCGCUAUGGCGUCCUCAACCUCGACAAGCCCUCCAACCCUUCGUCCCAUGAGGUCGUCGCCUGGAUCAAGCGCAUCUUCCGCGCGGAGAAGACCGGCCAUAGCGGCACCCUCGACCCCAAGGUCACCGGCAACCUCAUCGUCUGCAUUGACCGCGCCACCCGCCUUGUCAAGUCCCAGCAGGGCGCCGGCAAGGAGUACGUUUGCGUCGCUCGCCUCCACUCUGCUGUACCUGACGUCGCCAAGGUCGCCCGCGCCCUCGAGACCCUCACUGGCGCAGUCUUUCAACGGCCCCCGCUCAUCUCCGCUGUCAAGCGCGAGCUCCGCAUCCGGACCAUCUACGAGAGCAAGCUACUGGAGUACGACCCCGACCGGCACCUGGUCGUCUUCUGGAUCUCCUGUCAGGCCGGGACCUAUGUACGUACUCUUUGCGUCCACCUCGGGCUGAUCCUUGGGGUCGGAGGGCACAUGCAGGAGCUGCGGCGGGUGCGCUCGGGGAUCCUCGGCGAGAAGGAUAAUAUGGUGACCAUGCAUGAUGUGUUGGACGCCCAGUGGACGUAUGACAAUUUCCAGGACGAGAGCUACUUGAGGCGAGUGGUCAUGCCAUUGGAGGUGCUGCUGACCAGCUACAAGAGGCUGGUUGUCAAGGACUCUGCAGUGAAUGCUAUUUGCUAUGGAGCCAAGCUGAUGAUUCCUGGACUUCUGAGAUUCGAGAAUGAUAUUGAGGUUGGGGAGGAAGUAGUGCUGAUGACCACCAAAGGUGAGGCGAUUGCUCUCGGGAUUGCUGAAAUGACAACCGCGGUUAUGGCAACUUGUGAUCAUGGAUCGGUAGCAAAGAUAAAGAGAGUGGUGAUGGAUCGGGAUACCUACCCCAGGAAGUGGGGUCUGGGGCCGAGAGCACUGAUGAAGAAGAAGAUGAUCACGGAAGGCCUGCUGGAUAAGCAUGGGAAGCCGAAUGAAAAGACACCAUCUGAGUGGCUCAGGAAUGUGGUGCUUCCAACAGGAGGGGAUUCAAUGGUUGCCAGCCUUGCUGCAGCACCAGAGCCUGCGAUGGUGCAGAAGGAAGACAUAGUGAUUGAAGAAGUGAAAGAGGAUAAGAAGAAGAAGAAGAAGAAACACAAAGACAGGGAUGAUAAAGAUGAUGAUGGUGAAGGGCGGAAGCAUAAGUUGGAGGAUGCUGGAGAACUGCCUGCUUCUAAGAAGGUAAAAGUAGAGGAAAUUCAAGAAUCUGUACUGGAAACUGAACCAAAGAAGCUGAAGAAGGUGAAGGACGAGGUUGUGGAAGCACUGGAGGAGGAGAAAAGCGAGAAGAAGAAAAAGAAGAAGAAGAAGAAGAAGAAGAAGAAGAAGAAGGAUAAAGAGAGAGAAGAAGAAGAAUUAGCUGAUGAGGAGAACAUUGCAAAUGAAAGAAAGAAGGAAAAGAAACAUAAAAGUAAAGCUGGUUCUUCUGAUGAAGAGAAGUUAACAGAGGACAAAGAGAAACAGAAGAAGAAGAAUAAGAAGAAGAAGAAUGAAGAGGACAAACUUGGUGAAGAAACUGGCAGCUUAACUGGCAACAAUGAAGAGGAAGAGAAAAGUGAGAAGUUGAAAAAGAAAAAGAACCGAAAUGCAGAAGAAACAGCGGCAUGAGCAAGCAGAGGGUAUCAUUUUGGGGAUGCACUGUAGAGCAGUUCAGUUGAACUGCCUAUGGAUGAUGAUUGCAAACAUGAACAUCGAUCCGGCAUGGGAGUCAUUGAUGAUAUGGUGUUUGGGCCUUGACGAGGAAGAUGUGCAUGAAGAAUAGUAAUUUUUGAAAAAUAUCCAGAUGUGCAUGAAGAAAUUGAGAAGUAAUUUUAUCUUCUGUGGGCAAAAUAAUUACAGGGAGGUGGGGUUGACUUAAUGUCCUUUUAAAGAGAUUAGUUUUAUGUUACAAAUUAUAGUCAUGCCAAAUAAUAUAAUAGCAGCAUCUAACAAAACAUUUUGUGA